AUGAUUGCAGUCAAAGCAGAACAUUACCAAACGACUCAGGGCAUCACAAGGGUGGUAAGUGGCAAGGGUGAACCAUUCGUUGCCAAGGCAGUUGGGUUAGUUGUCGAGGGCAAACUCGAUACUGGAUCUAUCAUCGACACUUGCGGUUCGAAUUACGUCGCAGGGUCCGACACUACGGGCAUUGCGCUGUCGGCAACCAUCUGGCACAUAUAUCACCACCCUGACAAGUUGGCCAAACUUCGCUCUGAGAUCGAUGCUUUGGGUCCUGGACGAAUUACUUUCAGUCAGGCACAAGCAUUGCCAUACUUGAACGCCGUAAUCAGUGAGGCAUUACGGUUGCACCCUUCCAUAGUUACAAUCUCCCCCCGAGAGGUGCCGGAAGAAGGGGAGUAUUUGGCAGGCCACUACUUUCCACACAAGGUUUGUUUCUUACGAACUGAAGUGAGACACGAUGACCGCGCUAACAUUGUGCAGACGCAAGUUGGAGUUAGUGCUUGGUCGAUCCACAGAAACCCAGAAGUGAGCGGUCCCGACGCCGAUGCUUUCCAGCCUGAGCGAUGGCUCGACAAGACAAUGAGUGCUGAAAAAAAAGCAGCGAUGUCAUUCGCAGUAACUGGCUCUCGUUUGCGUCUUACUGUUGGCAGUGUGGUGGGCAUAGACUAA